CCUGUGGCCGCGGGCUCAGAUCGCUGAAGUCCAGGACGCUCGCCUCUCCUCUUUCGCUACCUGGAUAAUUGCGGGGACUUUGCACAAUUCCUUCCGCCUUGCCUGGGAAGGAUUUGCUCCGUUUCGAAGGUCUUGGACGAGGGCUCGUGCUUCGUGGGAAGGCUUUGGGUUUUCUGGCUGCAGAUUUUGCGUUUUCUCCCGCGGGAUUGUCGUGGAGCGUUUUCCACUGUGGAUUAUAACUGCACCAUGACGCUGGAAGAGCUCGUGGAGUGCGACAACGCGGCGCAGAGGAUGCAGUCGGUGAGCGCGGCGGUGGAGGAGCUGCUGGUGGCCGCGCAGCGCCAGGACCGCCUCACGGUGGGAGUGUACGAGUCGGCCAAGCUGAUGAAUGUGGACCCUGACAGCGUGGUCCUGUGCCUCCUGGCCAUUGACGAGGAGGAAGAGGGUGACAUUGCCCUGCAGAUACACUUCACGCUCAUCCAGUCCUUCUGCUGCGACAACGACAUCAACAUCGUGCGGGUGUCAGGCAUGCAGCGCCUGGCGCAGCUGCUGGGUGAGCCUGUGGAGACGCAGGGCACCACCGAGGCCCGGGACCUGCACUGCCUCCUGGUCACGAACCCUCACACAGAUGCUUGGAAAAGCCACGGCCUGGUGGAGGUGGCCAGUUACUGUGAAGAGAGCCGGGGUAACAACCAGUGGGUCCCCUACAUCUCCCUCCAGGAGCGCUGAGACCCUGCCCGGCAUCAGAACCUGUCGAGUUGCUGCCAAAAAAAACCAAAAUAAAUAUUUGACCCCCCUCCCCCCAGAACAACCCCCCAAAACAACCCAACCCAUGAGAUCAUCGGGGGCAGAAACGUUGGAGAUCGGAGAGGGGAGUGUACGGCCACCCCCAGGGCGGUGAGCCUGGAACAGUGCCAGCAGCGGCCACCGGAGAGGAGAAGAGGGGGUCCCGGGCCAGCAGGAGAGGGAACCUGGCGCUCAGGCCUUGUUACGGAGCAGCUGGAGUGGGGGAGCUGCUGCCUCCCCCGCGUGGAGGGCCUGGACUCUGCAUUCUGGGUGGGGUGCCACUGCAUCCCCCACCCUUCUAGAGCCGACAUCUGCAGACAGGACUUAACUGACUGAGGGUGCGCACCCUUGCCAGGACCGUACUUUGGGACUGGGGAGCUGGGGCUGAUGUUGCUCUGCACCCACGAACUCCCAGUUUGCAAACUAAACCAUCUAUUUUGUUACUUGCACUUGUUACUUGAACCACUGAAGUCGAGAGAUGGGAAGCUUACAGAUACAUAUAUUUUUACUUCUACUAUGAUGGCCUUGUAAUAAACUUCUCAAGCUUC